AGGAGGGGCUUCACUCAGCAGUUGGGGAGGGGGGGCCACCUGGCAGGGCCUCGGCACCCGCCACCAAUAGGAGCAGGAGUUCCAGGAGCCAGGCCGCCCACGUGUGGGGAGCCCGGCUGUAUAAAGCCAGGAGGUAGCGGGAAGGGAGGCAGGCUACCCAGCUAGAAGCAUCAUCAGCUUUAGCUGAGAGCCUAGGAGCUGCGGCAAGCGGCAAGCGGCGGCGAGAGCCGGAUUUGCCAGCUACCAGCAGCCCCUAUCACCUGUGGAGCCCGGAGCCUGGCGCGCACUCGCGGAUCUCUGCAGACCACCUUGAUUUCCUGCUCUUUCCGGAAUUUCUUCAAGGAGCCCAGAAGAGAAGGGGUUUUGCUUUGCCACUAAGAGGAUUAACCCCUUUGAGGAUCCAGGCUUCCGAGGAGACAGACUGCUGAGCUCGGACCCUUGCUGUGGGCCCGGGAGGAAUUUGUCCUGUCGGUUUCUCUACAGACCCAAGGAAUGGAGCUGGAGCACCUGAGCAGUGGGGGCCUCCAUACCUACCACGGUCCCCGCGGCGGGCCAGCGGCCAAGCCCAACGUGAUCCUGCAGAUCGGGAAGUGCAGGGCAGAAAUGUUGGAGCACGUAAGGAAAACUCACCGGCACCUGCUCACCGAAGUGUCCAAGCAGGUGGAGAGGGAGUUGAAAGGCUUGCACAGGUCAGUGGGGAAGCUGGAGAAUAAUUUGGAUGGCUAUGUCCCUACCGGUGACUCACAGCGAUGGAAGAAGUCCAUCAAGGCCUGCCUGUCCCGGUGCCAGGAGACCAUUGCCCACCUGGAGCGAUGGGUGAAGAGGGAGAUGAAUGUGUGGCGGGAGGUUUUCUACCGGCUGGAGAAGUGGGCCGACCGGCUGGAAUCCAUGGGAGGCAAGUACCCAGUGAGUGGAGAGCCCACUCGCCAGACAGUCUCUGUUGGUGUGGGGGGCCCAGAGAGCUACUGCCAGGAAACUGACCCCUAUGACUACACCGUGAGUCCCUAUGCCAUAACCCCGCCUACACCAGUAGGAGUAACUGCGGGAGGAGAGGCCCUAAGCCAUGAGCCCUCUGAGAUCCAGCAGUAUCCACCCUGGAGCUCAACCACUGAGGAUGGGACACUGAGUCCUGGUGUAGACACUCAGAUUUUUGAGGAUCCCCGUGAGUUCCUCAGCCACCUAGAAGAAUAUCUGAAACAAGUUGGAGGGACUGAAGAGUACUGGCUGUCCCAGAUCCAGAACCACAUGAAUGGCCCAGCCAAGAAGUGGUGGGAAUACAAACAGGGAUCUGUGAAGAACUGGGUGGAAUUCAAGAAGGAAUUCUUGCAGUACAGUGAGGGGACCCUCACCAGGGAUGCUAUUAAGCGGGAGCUGGACCUGCCCCAGAAACAAGGAGAGCCUCUGGACCAAUUCCUCUGGCGUAAGAGAGACCUUUACCAGACCCUCUAUGUGGAUGCUGAUGAAGAAGAGAUCAUCCAGUAUGUGGUGGGCACCCUUCAGCCCAAGCUCAAACAUUUCCUCAGACACCCUCUGCCCAAGACCCUUGAGCAGCUGAUCCAGAGAGGUCAGGAGGUCCAAGAAGGACUGGAGCAGGGGGAGGACCCCAUCGAACAGCAAACCCAGUCGGAGGACAAUGAUGAAUCACUCACUCCAGCUAUGGAAUCCCUUGCCAGUGAUGGGACCCAGCCCGAGUAAAGGUGGCAGUGGCCACCUCCCAGCCCUUAUUAGCCCCCUUCUCCCUGGACACCCUCUCCCCUUCUGGGUGUCCCCUUAUGGAAUCACUUGAUUGAGGAUUCUCCCAGAUGUCCUAAUUUCCCAGGGGCAGCUUGUGCUGUCUUGCCAGGAAGCAUUGGCAGUCAGCCCUGUCCCCCAGUGGGAUUGGCACUUGAUGGACUUGGACACUUUGGGAGACAAGAUCAUGCAGUAGGGGUUUCCCCACCCCUCACGCUCCCUCCCCCCUCCUAGACUCUUCCAUAGUUUCAUAUAGUAUCACUUCUCCCCACUCCUCAGCUGCCUGAAGGCAGAGACUUAGCCUUCCUCUUCACAGCCUUUAGCCAGUCUGGUAUGUCUCUCCUUCAUUUUGUCCAUCCACUCCCCAUCACCCUCCCCACCCCCUAUGGUUCAACAAGGAGUUUCACCUGCUUCCACAUGAAACUCAUUCCAGUCAAGAGUCCUGACAGUGGCCUUGAUAUGUCUUCUUCCUCUCUCACCUCAUUCCUGCCCUUCUUCCAUUGGCCACUAGCCAAAGGGGACAUGGAGAGUAGCUGGAUUAUAAGAACUGGCACUGAGCCAGCUGGCUGUUUAGAGCCAGGACUCUAAGAUCAUCAGAGAAGAAACAGUGAAAAAAACUCACUGCUUUCCAACACUUCCCCUUCAUGUGGCGAGAAUCAGGGGUUCAUGGUUGUUCUGCACUUGCCCUGGCAACUGGCAUCCUCCUCGAUUUCCCCAGAGAAGACCUAAAGCCUUUCCAGUGAUGACAGCAGCAAUGGGUGCUUGGAGAUCCUGAUGCUUCCUGCAGUCUAAAGUGAUUCAUUCCAGCCUGGUAGAACAGAGAAGCAUCGAUGAUUCGCCUUGUGAUGGGCAUCUAGGCCGAGGGGACCCAAGGAAGCUCCAGUCUCUGAUUUUCAAAGUCCUCAGGGAUUUGGCACCAGCACCUACAAGGAAAUUUCCACAAACUUAUUUGCUGCUGAAGCUGAAAUAUGCUCUCCAUCCUGGGGGGGAGGGAAAUAACAAACCUUCCAGAAGGGGAAGGAGAAGUUUGAGGACAUGGAAGCUACAAAGACAAGAAGAAGGAGACAGAGAGGAGAGGAAGAGACUGCCCAAGAGCAGAAUCCCAGAGCUUGAAGUGAGAGACAGAACUGUGUGUGGGGGUGACACUGGCCAAGCUGACAGUUCAUGGGGGUGGAUGGAUGGAACAUCAACCUCCUGGAAGAAGUCAAGUUCUGGCUCUUGGGCACCACCUGGCUUCCCACCCCUGCUCUGAGUGAACUCUGCAUCUUUGGACUCACAAGUUUAUGUGAUAGGAGAUUGUGAUUCCCUUUAUCUCCUUCAACAAGGGCCCCAUGUCCUUCCCUGAGCUAGUGGCCAUGGCUCAACUGCCCCACCUUCCUGAAUCUCACUCGUGGAGGUAUCUCCAAGGGGCUAGAGAAGUCAGGAUUCCUUUCCUAUUGGAAUUGUCCCAUUUUUGUGUCCCCACCCUUCCAGUCCUCAUAACACUGGCUAACAAAUGUUUACACCCCUGUCCCAUCCCUGGAGAGUCCAUCCUUCUUGGACCUUCCUGCUUGCCUUUCCAUGGGAAUAGGAGGCAGGAUGUCUCUGAAGGUUCCCUAGAUACUGGCUGAUUAGCUAGCCAUAGUCCUAUCCUCCACCAGCUGCUCCCUAUAGAUUUAUUUUUAAUAAUAGAUUUCUUCAGAUUCAUACAAGGACUGUAUCAUCCUGCAUUCAUUGUAUCUGGUCCUAUUGGCCAGAACUGUCUUGGUCUCAUUGACAUUGGGGGCUUGGGGAUGUGGUCUGAAUAUUUCUAAGCCACUUAAGCUAUAUUACCCAUCCUUCCCCAAAUUCAUCCAUUAGACUGGCCACAGCAUCACCUGACCAGGUCUAGAGUCACCAGUUAUUAUGUACCUCUCUUCCCCUGAAAAAAAGCCAAACAAAACACUUUUUUGUAAGAUUUCUUUAAUAAAAUGUUGAAACAUCA